AUGGGCAUCUCAGGACGACCUGUAACCGAAACUUUCUCAGUCAACCUCCCGUGUGAAAGCGAGGGAGGAAUAGUUACGUCCCACUCAUUUCUCAUCUCACAUACAUGUCCAGUAAAUUUGUUAGCACGUGAUUUAAUGUGCAAAUUAGGAGUAAAUCUCAUGUCCACUCCAGAUGGGCUAACCAUUGAAGUAAGUGAAAUGUGCGGUGUGCAGUAUGGGUUUGGAAGCCCCCUGUAUGUGUAUGUCUGGCGGCUCUGCUCAGAUCAGCUCACACAAACUCCAAAACACCUUGUACAGCUCGCACGCUUGAACACCUCAUCAGUUGACACAGAUUAUAUGAAAGAGGAAGAUUUGCAUUGUACAGCACAUGUUCACCAAGGGCAAGAUGUAGAGUUUGAAAAGACUUGGUUUGCAGACCCCCACACGUGUGAAAGAUUGACCCUCAAAACUACAUAUUGGUCUAAACAUUAUUGUGCUGUGCAGGUCCAUUUUACUCGUUGUCCAAACAGCUGCAUCAAUGCUAAUCGCAGUGUUCUCAAACAUGUUAUGCACGGCCUCAGAACAGAGGACUCUGAGGUUGACUGCUGCCAACAUGAUUUCUUUGACAUCAUUGAUUCUAUACCCCAUGUCUCAUUAGCAAAACCGCGAGCCGCCCAUUGGAGAGACGUGGGGAAGUGGGUCAAGAAGUGUGCAGCCAAUGACAAUGAAUGGUCCCGAACAGAGGACCCUAGUGUGCUGUUUUGUCAAAGGCUUGGGGUCUACAAGCAAAGUCAGGCUGUGUGUGUGCAUGUUAAGCGCAGCGUAAUACUAGCCACUGAUGACCAGGGUCCUGGAGACCCCAGCCGUAGUGGCCUGUUUGUCUCUGUUUCCACAGGCAUAACUCCAGCAGAGGUGCACCCCAAAUUGGCGGGAGUUCCAAAUUCCGUUUGGGCAAAGGGUAAACAUGAUGUGGGCCUAAUAAAGAAUGCUGAACCAGUGGUGAUCACCCCCAAAUCGGAUUUCAGGCCUAGGCAGACCCAGUAUCCACUCAAACCAGAAGCAAUUGCAGUUAAGAAGGCAAGAAAAUCGUCUCAGCCCGAUGAGUGGAGGUUUGUCCAAGAUCUGCAAGCAGUCAAUGCUGCGGUUGUUCCGCGCGCACCUGACGUCCCUAACCCAUACACCAUUUUGGGCCAGGUGCCCGCUGACAGUAAGUGGUUUUCAGUGGUGGAUCUAGCAAAUGCGUUCUUUUCUAUUCCUAUACAUAAAGACAGCCAGUAUUGGUUUGCCUUUAUGUAUGAUGGUCGUCCAUACACUUUCACUCGUUUGUGCCAGGGUUACUGUGAGUCCCCAACCAUAUACAACCAGUGCCUUAGAGACAGCCUCGCUUCGUUAACUUUGUCACCGAGAUCAGCUUUGCUGCAGUAUGUUGACGAUUUAAUGAUUUGUGCCCCAACUAAAGCUCAAUGUGAGGAUGACACCAUAACGCUACUGCGACACCUCGCUAAGGAAGGUCAUAAGGCUAGCCUCACAAAAUUACAGUUUGCAAAACAGAAGGUGCAUUUCUUGGGGCAUGAUAUCACAGGGGAGGGAAAAACGCUGUCUGCGGACAGAGUCUCAGCUAUUCAGAAAAUUCCCAAGCCGAUCACUGUGAAACAAGUUUUGUCAUUUUUGGGUAUGUGUUCCUAUUGCAGAGCAUUCAUUCCGAAUUAUUCCAUCCUGGAAAGUCCAGUGAGAGAGCUCGUGCACGGUUCGUCCCUCACUGCUUCAUCACCUGUCGUAUGGACACCAGAAGCUGAAGAAGCAUUCCUGGCCCUAAAAGGCGCCCUGCAGACCACACCCACACUGGGACUGCCUGAUCCCAAUAAACCAUUUGUUCAAACUGUAGAUGAAAAGAAGGGCUUUAUGACCUCUGUUCUUUUGCAGAAACACGGGGAUAGAUUGAGACCUGUAGCUUACUUCUCCAGCAGGCUGGAUCCAGUGGCGGCUGGACUUCCUGUUUGCCUGCGUGCAGUUGCUGCAGCUGAAAAGGCGGUAACUGCCUCCAGAAAUAUUGUGGGGUAUUCUAACCUCACCCUUUUGGUCCCACAUGCUGUCUCCCUGCUUCUGUUGGAGAAAAAGACGUCACAUUUGUCAGCACAGAGAUGGUUGAAGUAUAACACAGUCAUACUUGAUAUGCCUAACAUCACUGUGAAACGUUGUACUGUUCUGAAUCCUGCCUCUCUUCUCCCUACAGAGGACGAUGGAGAGCCACAUGACUGUGUUGCUCUCACUAACGAUUUUUGUUCCCCCAGGGCAGACUUAAAGAGCGACCCUUUGGAAAAUCCAGACAUGAUCCUCUAUGUGGAUGGUUCAGCCUCCAGAGACCCAGAGACGGGAAAGAACAAAGUAGGUUUUGCCAUAGUCUCAGAUCACGAGGUCCUCAAGGCGUCACGUCUGCCCUCGAACCUGUCGGCGCAGGCUGCAGAGCUCUGUGCCCUCAUUGAGGCAUGCAAAUUGGCGGCAGGGCAAUCUGUCAAUAUUUUUACGGACAGUAGGUAUGCAUUUGGCGUUGUGCACGAUUUUGGCACCAUUUGGAAACAUAGAAAUUUUCUCACUAGCACAGGAUCUCCCAUUGCACAUCAUAAAUUGGUCUCUGAGUUGUUGGAUGCUGUUCUACUCCCUAGAGCUAUUGCUGUGUGUAAGUGUGCUGCCCAUACUAACAAUACUGAUCUUGUGUCUCAAGGGAAUGCCAGGGCGGACGCGGCAGCUAAGUGUGCAGCCUCGGCUUCCAGUUCACCCUCUAACCUUGCCUUUCCUCAGGUUUCUAUCCCUUGUUUACAGCUAGCGGACCUUCAGAGCACUGCCACCCAGGACGAGAGACGAGUCUGGAAACAGGCAGGCUGUAUCCUUGCAAACUCGGUCUGGGUUUGUCCCUCGGGCCGUCCCUGUCUACCAAAAUACAUGUUCCCUUUCUAUGCAAAAUUGGCACAUGGGCUCACCCAUGUGUCAAAAGGGGGGAUGGUAGCAGAAGUAACAAAGAGAUGGUUCACAAAGGGGUUUUCAAAUUAUGCUGCAAAAUUUUGCAAGCAAUGCUUGAUAUGUGCACAACAUAAUGCAGGUCAAGGUAUCAGACUAACUCAAGCAGCACACCCAAUACCAGACAAACCAUUUGAUCACCUCCAAAUGGACUUUAUUGAACUGACACCUAGUGAAGGGAAAAGGUACUGCCUGGUAAUAGUUGACAUGUUUUCAAAAUGGGUAGAAGUAUUCCCCACAGCUAAACAAGACUCAGAGGCAGUAGUCAAAGCACUCCUGAGAGAUGUAAUUCCUAGGUGGGGUAUACCUAGCAAAAUCUCAAGUGACAAUGGAACACCCUUUGUUAAUGCAGCCCUAAAGAAAAUAGGAGCAUUCCUAGGGAUAGACCUGAAACAACAUUGUGCCUAUCAUCCUGCCAGUGCAGGAGCAGUAGAGAGGGAAAAUGGGUCACUUAAAAAUAAACUAAGCAAAGCUUGUGCAGAAACAGGGCUAGGAUGGACAAAGGUCCUCCCUGUAGCACUCACACAAAUGAGGAUGCAAACUAGGCCUAAACAUGGGUUAAGCCCAUUCGAAAUUCUGUUUGGACGAGUACCCAACACGGGGAUAGGGCUAGCUCAAGGAACACUGCCGGACACCACACUGUGUGAUGAUGCAAUGUUGAAUUACUGUGCAACGUUGUCCUCUGCUUUGAAAUCUAUCCACAAACAGGUAAAAGAAGCACUUCCCAAACCCGCUGAGGGACCUCUGCACGAUCUACAACCAGGGGAUUGGAUCGUGGUGAAGGAUUUCCGACGAACCAAGUGGAACAAGCCACGGUGGAACGGCCCAUUCCAGGUCCUGCUCACGACCCCAACGGCAGUGAAAGUCACAGGCAGAGUGACGUGGAUCCACGCUAGCCACUGCAGGAGGGUUCCUGAACCGGCUAAGCAGGAGGGAAAAGAAGGCCUAAGUGACCCAGAUGCUGACUAA